AUGACCGUUGGGAAGGAUGUUUCGGGUUUGUUUCCCGACGUUCUGAAGAACAUGCAAACUGAUGAUCUAGAGCAAAAAAAAUUGGUAUAUCUGUAUCUAAUGAAUUAUGCCAAGACACAACCUGAAUUGGUAAUUUUGGCCGUAAAUACAUUUGUCAAGGACACCGAUGAUAAUAAUCCACUCAUUCGUGCACUCGCAAUUCGGACCAUGGGAUGCAUUCGUGUUGAGAAGAUUAUUGAUUAUCUAUGCGAACCAUUAAGGAAAAGUUUAAGAGAUGAUAAUCCAUACGUCCGGAAGACGGCAGCAAUUUGUGUUGCAAAAUUAUACGACCUGAAUCCUGAAUUGGCUACAGAAAAUGGAUUUGUUUCGGCUUUACAAGAUAUGGUGUCUGAUUCAAAUCCGAUGGUUGUAGCAAAUGCAAUAACAGCGCUCACAGAAAUAAACGAGGCCUCUGAAACAAAAGAUAUAUUUAUUAUUAAUACACCCACACUUACUAAACUUUUGGUAGCGCUCAACGAAUGUACCGAAUGGGGUAGGAUAGCCCUUCUCUCUUCUUUGGCUGAAUACAAACCUAUGGAUUCAAGGGAAGCUGAGCAUGUAGUCGAACGUGUUGUUCCACAAUUUCAACAUGCCAACGGAAGCGUUGUCUUGUCUGCAAUUAAGGUGGUGAUGAUAUAUAUGAGGAUAAUAAAAAAUGAAGAGGUUAUACGACAAUUAGUUAAGAAGCUGGCACCACCGCUUGUCACACUGUUGUCUUCUGCACCUGAAGUUCAAUAUGUUGCCUUGAGAAACAUCAACCUCAUAUUGCAACAGAGACCCGACAUUUUACAAAAUGAAAUGCGAGUCUUCUUUUGUAAAUAUAAUGAUCCGCCGUAUGUCAAAUUAGAAAAAUUGGAAAUUAUGAUCAAGUUGGCUAACGAUAGGAAUGUAGAUCAAUUACUGUCAGAAUUAAAAGAGUAUGCGUCUGAAGUCGACGUAGAUUUUGUCAGAAAAUCCAUUCGGGCUAUUGGACAGUGUGCCAUCAAAAUUGACGAGGCUUCUGAAAGGUGUAUCAACGUUCUAUUGGACUUAAUUAAUACAAAAGUGAAUUAUGUAGUUCAAGAAGCUAUUGUCGUCAUCAAGGACAUAUUUCGAAAGUACCCACACAAAUACGAGGGAAUAAUUCCAACCUUGUGUAAGAAUUUGGAGGCGUUAGAUGAACCAGAAGCGAAGGCAUCACUUAUUUGGAUUAUUGGAGAAUACGCCGAGAGGAUAGAAAAUGCUGACGAAUUAAUCCUCACUUUUCUGGACACUUUUAGGGAUGAGAACCCUCAGGUCGAAUUACAAUUGAUCACCGCGACCGUUAAGCUAUUUCUCAAAAAACCACAGUCUACACAAAAUAUUGUUCAACGUGUACUACAGAUUGCCACGACAGAGUGUGAUAACCCCGAUAUCCGGGAUCGAGCAUAUGUAUAUUGGAGAUUAUUGUCUACAGAUCCUCAAGCUGCCAAGGCCGUCGUCUUAUCAGACAAACCACCGAUAUCUGUGCAAAGUAACACAGUGUCAGGUCCGUUACUGGAAGAAUUGAUCAAUAACAUUUCAACCCUUGCAAGUGUGUAUCACAAACCUCCGGAAACGUUCCUUGGGAAGGGUCGGUUCGGUGCGGACGCAGUUCAAAGAAGAGCUAUCGAGGAACAGGAAGAAGCAUCACGAGAGUCGCCAAUUCAGGCACAAACAAAAUCUAACAUCGAAAACCUAUUGGAUCUCGAUUUUGGAGAUUCCACCAGUGAAACGGCAUCCCCAAUUGCUACAACUUCUAAUUCCUCAGCACCCACCACUAAUGUUGAUGAUUUGCUAGACUUGUUUGGCGGGAGUAGCAUAAAAUCAACAACAGGUCAGGCUUCCUCUUCCAAUCAUCAAAACAAUGGUUUAUCAAAUGAUUUGGUGAGCCUGCUUGGUGUGGCUAAGAUACAGACGGGAACGGGGAGGCUUUGA